AUGAGUGAUUCAGAACAGCAACAAGAUACAGAAAAGGUCGGUGAGGCCCAGUGGCCUGAGAAUGGAGACGAGUGGAGUGAUGACGAGAAUGACACGAGUAUGGACUGCGGGCUUCUGCAGGCCAUGGCAGAGGAGGACGAAGACAUAAACGUCUACAAUGAGGAGACGUUUGGGAUGGAUCUUGACCCACAUGUGACAACUGGCAUCUGCAAUGGCAGCAUUCCAUUUGGAGAACCAAUGCCUGAAACACCGCCUCCGGCACCAGAGCCCAAGCUUACAUCCCCCCUUGUUCCCCCCUCCUCCCCUUCCAGACAGAGGUAUCUGCCCCGGGCUGCCCCAUGGCAGCACAACAGAGGUAGGGGAAGAAGAGGACUGCUCGGGAGGGAACAGAUAUUUCAAGAUCCAGCUGUGAUGAGGAUAGUGGAGGGGCGACAGAGCCUCAUGAGCCUUGACAGCGCCAUAGUGGAUUGUGGGCAUGCUUUAUGGCGAAAUACUUUUCAGGAUGAUAGAAUGUUGCCAUCAUGCAGAAAAAGCAGAAGACCCUCUGGAUCAAUUCUUCAGGACAGUGCUAUAGUGUGUGCGAUUGGUCACAGAGGUAGAGGUCAGCACAUGAACUCCAGUUUCUUGGAUAUACCGUAUUUCAUCUCCUCCUACAGAGGUAGGAGAGGGGAACCCAGAGGAUCCUACUCAAGACGACAGUUUAGCCAAAGAGGACCUUCUCAGUUGCAUGCACCCAUUGUACCAGGAUCACCCAUCUUUUCGCGUGAACCACUAACACCACGACACUUCAAUCAGCCUCUACCUCCCAAGAUGAUGCAGCUUCGUUUUGGCUCCAAUUCACCCAGACCAUCCCCUUUCUACAGCCCCUCAUCCAAUCCAGAGCCACCUUUCAGGUACCCCGGUCCAGUCACGCAGCUUCAUCCUCAACAUAAACGACUUCUCAGUCAAAAGCAACGUUUAUUCCAAAGAAGGUGUGAAGGCUGGGAUCCAUACUGUAAUCUCAUGACGGCAAAAGAGAAGGAGUGGAUCACCCGUCUGCAAAUGAUCCAACUGCAAAGUGAAAAUCCAUACCUUGAGGACUAUUAUUAUCAGGAGUAUUAUCGUCGAAUUGAAGCCAAGAUGGCGGAAGAAGAACUGGGGAUCAGGAGCAAGAGGGAACCACCAAAGCUCACAACGCCUUACAUUGCAAAGAUGGAGUCCUACAUACCAGUGGUGCACAUUGAAGGUUCCUUAGGUCAAGUUGCUGUGUCCACCUGUUACUCUCCUCGUCGCGCCAUAGGUGCAGUUCAUGCAGACCAAGCUCAGUCGCCACUUGAGGAUCACAAAGACACACAACAGCGAUUAGAGGUCCUGAGUAAGAUAGAAAAGUUGUACAUGGCCUUGCUGGAGGUGGAAGAAACUGAAAGGAUGAAAACGACAAUCUUGUCUGAAGCUGAAGAGAGGAGGCUGAUGGAGAAAACCCAGAGGAAAGUGGAGCACAUCUAUUCCCAGCUACAGAACCACAACUCUUUAGAUUUGGGAGAGGAGUUUCUUCCUUUCCUGCUUGUCUCAAAAGGAAAGAAACUCCUUGCUCGCCUGCUUCCCUUCCUAAAACAUGAUUGGGCCAUGAAAAUCUUGCACAUUGUGACCUGCAAUCUUCCUACACUGAUGAGCAGAGAUGCAGAAGAGGCCCUUCCAGUUCUUUACUCGCCUCUUCGCAAUGUGAUUGGUGGCCUGACCUUCAAUCAGCUGAUUAGUGUUCUCAAAGAUCUCGCAUCAUCAGAAACUGUUGGAACAUUUGAGUACCUUUCUCUGGCAUGUCAGAAUAAGUUUGGACUGUCCUUACUGUAUGCUCUCCUGUCCCACGGAGAGAAGCUGCUGUCAUCAAGCAAACCUCUUAAGCCCAGCAUCGGUGACUUUGAGACCUGGACUGACAUAAUAUUCCAGGUUGCUGGGGCGCUGUCCCAGUGUUCACUUGUGGAGCCGCUUCUUAUGCCUUCAAACCUUCUCGCCCUUUUCUGCCGUUACCUAGACAAGCGUACUGUGCAUCAACUGAAAAGCAACAUGGAAUCUGCAACCGGAUUCUUGGCUCUUCCAUCAUAA